GCCCAUGUUUCGGCUCCGGGCCGGAUCGACCCCACGCGUGCGCAUGCUCGGUGCGUCCCGGAGGGUGCCGGUGCCGGUGUUACACCACGUGUGCCGUGAACCUAGAGGGCAUCAUGUUGUGAGGAGAUGGGCGCUGCGGUGUUUCGCGCAAUCAGAAAUUUCAACCUAGAGAACCGGGCGGAACGGGAAAUCAGCAAGAUGAAGCCGUCCCCCGCUCCCAGGCACCCCUCCACGAAGAGCCUGCUGCGAGAGCAGAUGAGCCACCAUCCAGAAAUUCAGGGAGAAGUUGCUAGAAAAAAUGACAAACUGCUGUCCUUACUAAAAGAUGUGUAUGUUGACUCCAGAGAUCCUGUGUCUUCUGUGCAGGUAAAAGAUGCUGGAACACGUCAAGAGCCAAAGGAGUUCAGAUUGGUAAAAGGCCAAGACUUUAACAUGAUGAGUAUUAAGAACAUUCCCAAAGGCAAAAUUUCCAUUGUAGAGGCAUUGACACUUCUCAAUAAUCAUAAACUUUACCCAGAAACGUGGACUGCUGAGAAAAUAGCAGAAGAAUACUGUCUAGAAGAGAAAGAUGUAAAAUCCCUUCUCAAAUAUUUUGUUACUUUUGAAGUCAAAAUCAUCCCUCCUGAAGACAAGAAAGCAAUAGCAUCAAAAUGAAGAAAACGUUAAAAUUACUUUCAUAUGUGUAUACCCCAAUCCCAUGCCCUGUUUAGUUUCUCAUUUAGCUUCAAAUUACUGAGUGUUUAAAGCUCCCUCCAUGGGAGAGCAUACUAUUUAUUGAGCUCUGCUGAAUUUUCAGGAUUGCCGGUGUAAAGAAUUUUGUUUUCUUAUAAAGUUUAAUUUGGUUUAGGCAUAUGUUCAUGUGUAAUAUCAACAGGCCUAAUCAGCACAUGCAUAAAUUAUUAUAAAUAAAGUUAAUGUGUAAUUUUAGACACAUCAUAUCAUCAGCUUUUAAAUUGGUCAUAUGACCUCUUAGGGAAUGGCCUGUAUCUCUCUUGUUUAGCAUUCAAAGUUUUGCCGUCCAGUUUAAGUGAUUAAUUUAUUUUUCCUAUAGAAUUGUGAAAGUGAGAAUUUUCCUACCUUUUAUGACUAUAUUUUCUUGUUAGGGCAAGGGAGAUUUGACAGCAAGGUAGGAGAACAGUAUUUCCCAAGUGAAAGCAGACAGGAAAGUGGACACAAAUUCAGUAGAAAGUACACUUUUAAUAUUACAGGGAAUAAGAGUUGGUGAGGACUUGUGAACUGGUUUUAUGUAUGAAAUAACUUAUAAAAAUUAUAAAAAGGAGUUGAUACUUAUGAAAUUUUAGCAGUCUUUGUUUUGACAAACAAACAGGUAAAUCCAGAAGCUUUCAGAGAAGCAGGUAGUCGUGAGACCUGUCUGGAAAAGUAACUUCUCUGGAUUUAGUAGAGACAUACAAGAAAAUUGUGAAGAUUGGUUAAAGCAAAGAACCAUGGCAAAUGAAAUUUGUGACGAAUUAUAUGUAUGUUUUCUCAUUUAAAUGCUGGUUGAAGGCAUAGAGGAAAAAAAUGCAACAAGUACAAAAUGUGAUCAUUGGAAAGGACCUGGGAAAUUGUUGCUGCAUCAUUUGAACCAACUUAUGAGUACAAUGUGUAUUGGCACUAGGGUCUUGAGCAAGGUGACUGAAGUUUAGCUCUGUUGUAUUACCACCCGUGGGAUCUUGGGUAGAUUGUGCAACCUCUUGGAAACUGAAUUUUCUCUAAAAAGUGAAUAUAAUGCUGCCUUAUUUAACACUAACAGUUACUGUGAAGAUAAAUAAUAAUUAAAGACUGAACAAAUAGGACUUUAUUCUUAUUCUUUGCAGUUAAGAACAGAGAGCUGGAGAGGGUUAUUCUCUAGUUGAUGACAUCAUCUAGUUUAUGACAUAGCCAGGUUGAAAAUCUAGGUUUUCAGAUUCCUACUGGUAUGUUAUUUCAAAAGAGCAGAAAGUGUAAGUUGUAGGAUUAUUGGAAAUGUGUAAGAAAAAUUCCAGGUUAUCUGUAUCCUUCUGAAGGCAGAUAGACAUUCACUACUUCUCAAGGAUUCCCUUGGAAAUGGUAUGGAAGCUGCUGAGGAUUUCAGCAUGAUGAUGGAGGGCAGCAUUUGCAAUGCUAGAAAGAGAAAAAUGGGCUGAGAUGGGAAAUUUUAAGCUUGUUUUCAAUUGCAGUUUCAUUAUGUGAAUAAACUGUAUUUGUUUAUAUUUGGUUCAAAACUUUUAAGAAAACAACUGUAUAAAAUUGCAUUUUAAAGCUCUGAUAAAUCAGUCAUCAAACUAUUUGUCUUUAUGAAAUAAAGGUCAAUACUUGAAUUACUAAUAGUGCUAUUUCUGAGCCGUCUUCUCUACUGAGAUCUGCACACCGUGGUUAGGCAUCUGUACAUCUGGCUGUUAAAUGGUGUCACAUGAUAAAAUAAAGUACUUCCCAUAUCUUUCA